GUCCAUAAUAAGCUCUUUGUUUGGUAAAUUGAUGAUCUUCUGUACAGCUAUCCUCCUUGUUAAUUUUUUAAAAUAUAUAUAUAUGUGUGUGUGUGUGUGUCAGCCUAUGAGUUGUUUUUGUAAAACAGCAUCAACAAAAGGAGGUCAAACGAAACUUGUUUUGAACACUAUGGUCCAUUUGUAUACAUGUCUUUUGUAAGAAAAAGGAGGAGCGUACGAUUUCCUUUCUUUUUUCUCUUUCUUCUUUUCAUUAGCAUGGCAGUAGACACUCUCGUUUAUUCAGAAUCAACCAAUCCAGAUACUAUGGAACUUGUGUCUGAAAUGAUUUCUUUAGCUUGUAUUUCUGUCCUGGCUGCUGCUAUCGGAUCAAAGACAUAUGGCGAGAAAAUAAAAUCAUUAAAUUAUGGCCGUGUACUUGUUAUUUUACUCUAUUCGUUUUCGUUGGCUUUCUCUAUUACAUCCAUUAUUGUCGUAUCAACUAACAACCAUAAUAUCGUCUCAUGUACCUUGGGUAUGCUUGCUUGUGAUUUCUUUUAUGCAGGCAGUAAAGUAGUCACUUAUGCUUGGCUUAUAGAACGAGUUCAUCUAGUAACAGCUGUCAAAACCAUUCGACUCAAGACAAGACGUUAUAAGAUUCAUUUGUUGAUGUUGUUUCCUUAUGCUAUCAUUUUCAUUUUAAUGUUGAGCUUUAGAAAUAUUUACCUUGAGCCGGAUGGCACUUGCACUAUUGGUUUGCAAGAUAUUGCUAGUAUUCCACUCUUGGUUUAUGAUUUUAUCUUUAAUCUGUAUCUUACUUGGCUUUUCAUGCAUCCUCUUACAAACAUUGGUCGAAACACACGUACGAAUUGGAAGAUCUCAAGGCUCUAUAAACUAGCAAGGAGAACCUUAGUUGCCUCACUUGUGUGUCUGUCUGUCUCGUUUAUCAAUGUCUUGUUAGUUGUAUUGAGUCAUGGUCACCAGAGAGGAUUGAUUUGCUUGACAUUUUGUACGGUAGAUGUCACAGUCAAUGUGGUUACUAUUCAUUGGGUCACAUCCAACCAUCAUACAUCAGGCACAGGAACCAACAGAACAAGACAAAACGACGAAGAUCAUGUUACUGCAGACAUGACAUUUGAUAUUGACAAUUGCGAAAAAGCACCUCGGUUUGAAGCACAUACAGCUCAACCAAGUAGUAUGGAAGAAGACUAUGAAGACAUUGCAUUAGAAGAUGUUACUAUUGGAAAAGACUUUCAAUAAAUAAGGGC